AUGUCGAGGUUCAAUCAUCUCUCAACAGACGGAGACGCGUCAUCGACGCCAGCUGGCGAGAAAGAUCCUCUCAACGCAUUCUGGCAGAAGUACUUGGAGCUCAUGGAAGAAGACGACGAGAGAAGAGCCCACGAGUGGGAUGGAAAUACGACGGGUAUCCUGACGUUUACGGGGUUGUUUGCUGCAACUGUAGCGGCCUUUGUCAUAGAGGGCUACAAGCAGCUCUCCGUCGACUCUGGAGACGAGACGGUCGAGUUGCUCAAGUUGUUGAUCGCUAUUCAGAACUCCACGGCGCUUCCCAUAUCGUCCGCAAUAAAUGACAGCUCGUUCGAUGCUCCCGUGGUGGCCGUCAUCUCGAACGCGCUUUGGUUCUGCUCUCUUGUGAUCUCCCUAGGCUGCGCUCUUCUUGCAACGCUUGUCCAACAAUGGGCUCGGGACUACAAGCGGGACAUGAAGUCGCGGAACAAACUUGAUGAGGACCUCCUAAGCCGUGCAUACAAUCACAUCUACCUCCGGAUGGGCGUCGAUCUCUACGGGAUGGACCAGAUCGUCUACGUUAUCGUUUCCUUAAUGCAUCUUUCAGUCUUCCUCUUUGCGGGAGGCCUGCUCUUGUUCCUGUUCCCUUUGAACUCUAUCGUCGCAUGGUACACAACGGCGGUUCUCGGUCUUCUCGGCGCGGCAUAUAUCGUCGCGAGUAUACUGCCAAUCUAUCACUCUGGCUGCCCUUACAGGACGCCCUUGACAUAUCUUCUCGCUGCCAUCGCCUAUCUCUUCAGUUGGAUCGCGCAAUGUGUCGCGAGGUCUCUGUAUGCUCUCGGGUCCCACCUUCCUUGGAGAUGUAGAUCCAGCCCUUCUUCCCAGGUUCAGCCGCCCCUGCAGAUCAAGAUCAUCCACAGGAGGCGUCGCUUGCAUCGAAGCCAUGCCCCGAUUCUGCGUACAAAACACUUUGUAUAUGCCUUGUCGCGUUACAUGAGCCAUCAAACGCUCGUCACAGAUGCUGAGAUAGCGUCAUUGUUGCACGCUCUUUUGAGGAUGGUGAACGAACAAGUUCUACCCGACUCCCGUCCAGGAUGUAUAGAUCAUCUAUGCGAGAAUCAGAACCUCCAGACAAAGCUGCAAGCAUGGGCGUGGGAUCCUUCCCAUACAAGAGACAUGGCCGCUGAUGCGCAGAUAUCGGUUCUGCACUUCAGCUGCGUGUUGCUGCAACGGCUUAGGCGUAUCGACGACUCCGACACCACCGAAGAACAUAGGGUGCUGAUGAAACACUGCGCAUCUAUUCUCCUCAAUAUCAUAGGGCCCAAUGGUUCUUUGGGGCCCAGGAUGCGCGGCGAUACACGUUGUAUGUUCCGGGCCAGAUGCGCCCUCUUCUAUAUGCGUCAUUUCCUCCUUAGCCUGAGUGGCGGGGAUGUAUCACGCAGGCACUAUCGUGCUUCUCUGGAGGUACCGUCGAGCGAUAAAUCGAGGCAGUUCAGCCGAGGCGCUGAAUCGAUGGCCGGGGAACUGCUGACUUUAUUGAACACCUCUCUAUAUAAUGUGCUGGACAUGGUUGACAUUCCGGGCGUCCAUCACGCUCCCAUUACGGAUGGACCAUCGUGUCUUGUGCCUCUCCACGAUGCGGGCUGCUGCCGGUCGCCCAAUGGGCCCCCAACGCAUAUGGCGGCAUGCAAUGUCUUGACGCUGAUCGCGCAUGUCAUGUACACGCCCGAACACGAUAGGAACAUCUACCUAUCGUCCGAGCUGAGUUUCCCCAAUACCUUCUACUUCGACGAAGAGUCCGUCAAAGGGCCUUUGCCGUUCUGGGCUUGGUACGAGUAUUUCAAGAUGAAGGAGGAAGAUCAACAGCUGCCGCCAUCUGUCGAGUUUCAGAUGAUCAUUCAGAACGUCGACAGACUCAUUGGACUCCGCGCGGUACGGAGCGGAUUAUAUGAAAGCUUCAUCGACGCCCUUCGCAACUUGCAGGACCACGUCGAUACGCGCGUCAUGCCCUACAAGCUUGAAGGACAUGGAGGAUUCGGGCCGUGGGCCAAGAAGAGAAUGACUGCCCGUCACACACCCGUGCAGCCUACAGCGUCUGCUCAUGACAUCCGCAAGACGACCGUAUAG